CGCAGUUGCAGUACGUAGAUGUCAUGCUGAGACUAGCCCAGCUGAUCACAACAGACGACGAUGAGCACGACAAUGACGCAGACAGCGAGCACACAGACACCCAUCAAACCGGCGAUCCAGUCGUUCACCCAGCAACACAGUCGGGCACGAUCAUCUAGUAACGCUCUACAGAACGCUGGGAGUAAUCCCAACCCAAGCCCUGACAGUGGACCCAAGUCCCAGAAGCAGAUGACCAAGGCCGAGCGUCGCGAACUGCAAGAACGUCAGCGAGCCACAAAGGCUGCCGCAAAGGCUUCCGGACCAAGUACCCCGGCUACCAAGCCAGGCGCAACGCCAACUGCUAAGGGCACUACACAAUCCCCUGCAAGCGCAGCCAAAAAGUCCGGAAAGACUGCAGACGGGAAACACGUCAAGGGGGAGCAAGAGGAUACAUCCCACCUUCACACACAUGCCCAGGUCGACGAUACGACUCGCGGUCUCCGCAUCUUCUCGCAUUUUGGCCUCCCAAAGUCUCCCAGUGUCACCAAGGGUGACGUACAUCCCGCAAUUAUACGUGUAGGACUCCAGUUUUCAGACUUCAAGAUCACUGGAGCCAAUGCACGAUGUAUCGCUAUGUUGACUGCUUUCAAGGCAGUCAUCCAAGGCUACGUGACACCUCCGAACAAUACUCUCUCUCGCCAUCUCAUGACCCAUCUCUCUCCCCAAAUUAAUCACCUCGUUUUGGCACGCCCGAUGUCAGUGACAAUGGGCAACGCAAUUCGACAACUGAAGCUAGAGAUCAGCGGCUCGGAUAUAGAUCUACCCGAGCAGGACGCAAAGAACGCACUCUGCACCAAGAUCGAUAACUACAUCCGAGAUAGAAUCAUUAUCGCUGACCAGGUGAUUCAAGAAACAGCGGGAAAAAAAAUCAAAGAUGGAGAUGUCAUUCUUACCUAUGCGAGAUCAUCUGUAGUGGAAAAAGUUCUUUUACGUGCUUGGGAGGACGAUAAAAGAUUUUCAGUUAUCAUUGUCGAUUCCAGACCUAUGCUGGAAGGCAAGGCUCUCCUCAAGGCGCUCACAGCCGUAUCAAUCCCUUGCACAUACUUGCUACUCCCAUCCCUUCCUUCCGUGCUCCCGCACGCCACGACGCUCUUCGUUGGCGCGCACUCGAUCCACGCUAAUGGUGCUGUUUUCUCGAGGGCGGGAACAGCUACGGUAGCGAUGAUGGCCAAAGCGCACAAUGUGCCAGUCGUAGUUUGCUGUGAGACCUACAAGUGGUCGGAAACCGUUCGAUGGGAUAGUUUCAGUAAGAACGAGCUUGCGCCCACCCCUUUCCCCACGUCCUGCCACUCCUCUCGUCAUAACCCUGACAUCAAAACGAGCCACAGUCUCUCGGUGUUAUGUCCACUCUAUGAUCUCACGCCGCCAUCAUAUAUCACAGCAGUUGUCACUGAGGUCGGAGUAAUUCCUCCGAGUUCCAUGUCGUCCAUUCCCGCCGCUCUAGGCAGGACGAUAGGGAUGUGAGGAGUAUAAUGUAUGUUCGUUUUUGUUUCCAUGCAGGUGUGACGCAACAGAGGGAUGGUAUGAGGUUGCGACCAUGGGAUACAUACCGCACGUUCCGCAGCAUUUGUCGCAAAUACUUACGUAGUCAUACUUCAAUCGUUCUCGCCCGAAUACGUGUCCG